GCUGUUGGCGACUGUCGGCACGAGUGGAGUGGAGGAAGGGCCCAUUCAUCAUCAGCGUCUCCGCUCUAUUGCCCAUGAUGUUACUGCUGAGAGAGCGCUACCGUGGCUUGGGGCAAGAGGCGGCGUGUCAGCAAGGUCGCAUGCGGUGGCCAGGAGCGGGCAGGGAGAGCGGGCAGGAAUUGCCAGGAAAGAGUUUGUCCUCAUCGCUUGCCUGGCAUCCGUCGCCGCUGCCCGCCCAGACACGCCCCGCGACGGCUACAGCUACGAGGCCCCUGCGCCGAAGUACUCUGCUCCUCAUGCAAAGUACGAGAAAGGAAUGCCGUUUGACUUUGCGUACGGAGUAGUAGACCACUACAGCGGCAACGACUACUCCCACAACUCCAACUCAGACGGCAACGUCGUCAAGGGCGAAUACCGCGUCGUUCUUCCCGACGGCCGCACUCAGAUCGUCUCCUACACAGCCGAUCACGAGACUGGCUAUGUGGCUGAGGUCAGCUACGAGGGCGAGGCUCAGUACCCCGAAACCAAGCCCUACCAGCCAGCCUCUGCUUACUCUGCCCCUGCUCCUGCAUACAAAGCCCCAGACCAGACUUAUGGCACUCCUGCCCCUGUUUACGAAACCCCGGCACAUCUCUAUGGAGCGCCAUCUCACUAAUCAUGGAUAAUCAUCUCUAUCUUCGUAUAUUUAUU